AUGCUCUCAGCGGUGGCGCUCCACACGUCCGUGCGGCUCCACAUAUCUCUCUGUCCACUGGUCUACUACGGCAAGCCCUACCACCAUCUGCACAUGAACCACACUCCUGAGGGCCUCUUCAUUUGCAUGGAUGGGUUCCUGAGUCGGCCAAUCACAGGCGACUGUAUCCAGAUGCCCUCUGUGACGUCUGACCCCGUGGUACUGGUGAGCGCAGCUGCUCCAGGACUCCAGAGUGAGCAGUUAGGGCGACACUUCCCUGAACUCCAACAAAAUGGGACUCUGUGUGGUGUGGAGGUGCAACUGCGCUUCAGCCCCAGCAACACUAGUGUUUUCAGGAUGUUUAGCUUCGGAGAUGUGUCUGUGUUGCACCUGGAGCCUCUCGGCCCCAAUGUCACUGUGAGUUUCUAUGUGAAGGGACAGCUGUGGUCUUCUUGGAUCAUAGGCGCCGUCUCCAACCACAGCUUCUUUCUGCCCGCCGCCUGUCGACUAGGAGAUUCUGUGAUCAGACCGAACUCCUCCAUCAACAAAGACUCCUGCACCGACACCAAAUGUGACGCUUUGGGACGAAUCCACGUAAGCAGCUGUGGAGGACAGCAGACCUGCAUCGGGCACAACUGCUCCCUGGACCUGCUGUGCUCCGUCCUCGGCCCUUUGGUGGUGGACUUCAGGGGGAACAUGCGGAUGAUCCCCAACAGAUGCACGUUUGUCCUGCUGGAGACCACCUACUGCAGCAUCAGGGCUGUGUUCCGGGACCGACGGCGCCAGGACCUGGUCUUCAUUGAAUCCCUGAGCUUCAGGAUCCAGAACGACACCUUCUCCUGCAGCAGGGAGCGCUCUCUUCUGGACUCCUCGUACAUCCAUGGUCUUUGCAGUGACUCCUGGAACAUCACAGGGAACAUACUCCACACACAGGGCUGUGAUGCACAGUAUCAGGAAGCUCCAGAUCCUUUCAUCAACCUUGCAGUAGUGACCCAACGAUGCCACUUCUUCUUAAAGGACGUGGGUUCUCCCUGUCACCUGGAGGUGAACCCGCGUCCAUUCGUCCGCUCCUGUCUGGAGUUGUUCUCCUUUUACCCAGACACAGACGGAAUCGAUCAUGAGUUCUGUGGCAUCAGUCCAGAGGGCGCCCCCUACUGUCAGUGCCGCGCCAUCUACGCUGCACCCUUCAGGCAGUCUGGGACUUACAAUCUCCCAGUAGACUGUGGAAAGAACAGCUCCUCCCUCAGCCUGGUGACCUGUCUGCUGGAGGAUACCCCCUUCUCACCGCUUGACCUGCACCUCCUAGAUCCCACCUGCAAGGGGCAGAUGGAUCCAGUCACACACAUGCUCCGGUUCAGCUUUAACCACAGCCACAAAGAGACCAACUGUGGAGGCCUGGUCCUGAAUGGUCCUGUAUUUGACCCGGCCCUGAUCAGACAGGUCUCUCCUCAGACCGACAUCCCUGUGGGGACUCGGGUCUGGGUCGCUCUGACACUGAAGCAGGUAGAUCACCUGAUCAAAUCCUCCUGGGCCACGCCAUCCUCUGCAACGCCUUUUGGGGUCACACCUCCCAGGCCCACACCCCCCAGGGCCAAACCCUCCAGGGCCACACCCCCCAUGGCCACAUCCCCCAGGGCCACGCCCUCCUGGGUUACUCUCACCUGGGCGCUGCCUUCUUCUGCCCCGCCAUCUUCUGCCCCGCCAUCUUCUACCACGGCCUCCCUCCAGGACUAUGUGCCGAGACGCAAGCUGAUUGUGGAAAGAUGUGCGAGUGCCGGAGCUGCUGAUGUGGUUGUGGAGAGGAACAAUGGAGAGUCUCGAAGCAUCUUCUCCUUCAAGAUGUUUUGCUUCGAAGGGUUUCCCCCCGGAAUCAGACUGCACACAGUCACAGAGAAGUUCGUGGUUCUAAAACAGAUGAAGAAGAAGAACGAAUGA